AUGCAUCCGAAACUCUUCCUCCCCAGAGCCUCAACGAGACGAUCCUUCAUCAAGCCCGUCUCUGCGCAGCUCUUCCAAGCCUCAAGAACUGGCCCCUCGACAAGGCGACUUCUUUCGACGACUUCGAUCCGCCUGUCUCAGGCUCAGACGCAAGUCCGACCAAAGUCAAAGGUGUACGAGAACGCCGAUGUCGCUGUGGCGGAUGUGAAAAGUGGAUCGACGGUUCUCAGCUCUGGAUUCGGCUUGUGUGGUAUUGCAGAAACCCUCAUUCAAGCGCUGCAUCGACGAGGCCGCGAAUCGCUGCAUUCCCUUACAGCCGUCUCCAACAAUGCCGGUCUCGAAGGACGUGGUGGACUCUCCAGCCUAACGGAGUCUGGGCAGAUCAGCAACCUUAUUCUGUCGUAUACGGGAGGCAACAAGGUGCUCGAGAAGGGAUACAUUGAUGGCCAGCUAGCCGUCGAGCUUUGUCCUCAAGGAACGCUCGCGGAGCGCUUGAGAGCGGCUGGAGCAGGCAUUCCCGCGUUUUACACCCCCACAGGAGCUCACACCCUCCUUCAAGAUGGCGAGAUCCCCGUCCGCAACAACCCCAACGGCGGCGCUCCCCUCGAGAAGGGCCACCGACGAGAAACCCGCGACUUCAACGGCAAGCUCUACCUGAUGGAAACCGCCCUGCCCGGCGACGUCGCCAUCAUCCGCGCCUGGAAGGCCGACACGGCCGGCAACUGCGUCUUCCGCCGCACGACCCGCGCAUUCGGGCCCCUCAUGGCCAAGGCAGCCAAACUCACCAUCGUCGAAGCCGAGAACAUCGUCCCUGUUGGUGAAAUCGAUCCUGACGACGUGCAUCUGCCCGGAAUCUUCGUGGACAGAGUCGUCAAGGCGACGGUUGAGAAGCAGGUUGAGACGCUUAAGCUGAGGGAACCCGAGGGCGAGGCAGAGGCCACCGGGAAUGGCAAGCUGGAGCGUAAGAGACGCAUUGCUAAGAGAGCGUCCAAGGAGCUCAAGGAGGGAUACUAUGUCAAUUUGGGAGUUGGCAUUCCUACCAUGUCGGCCAACUUUAUCCCCAAGGAGAGAACGGUGUGGCUGCAGAGCGAGAAUGGACUGCUGGGUAUGGGCCCUCAUCCUACGCUGGAGGAAGUUGAUCCCGAUCUUGUCAAUGCCGGCAAGCAGACCGUUACCUUUGUCCCCGGCGCCUCAACCUUUGACUCUUCCGAGUCCUUUGGCAUGAUCCGCGGCGGCCACGUCGAUGUUUCCAUCCUCGGCGCCCUCCAAGUCAGUGCUGCCGGCGACCUCGCCAACUUCAUGAUCCCAGGCAAGCUCUUCAAGGGCAUGGGCGGCGCAAUGGACCUCGUCGCCAACCCCGAAGCCACAAAGGUCAUUGUCGCAACGGAGCAUCUCUGCAAGGACGGAUCGUCCAAGAUUGUACAGCAGUGCAGCUUGCCACUGACUGGCGCGCGAUGCGUGAGCACCAUCAUUACAGACUUGUGUGUCUUCCAGGUAGACCGCGAAAAGGGCACCUUGACGCUCACCGAGCUGGCACCAGGUGUCACCGUCGACGAGGUGAAGAGCAAGACGGACGCGACUUUUGCAGUUGCGGAUGAGAUUGUGACUAUGGAAUAA